AUGAUGCCAUGGAGGUUUGCCUUGAAGCAGUACAUUGUCCAUCCAGAAAGAACUCCAGCUAGCCAAUUGAUAUAUUAUAAUGAUAAAGUCAGCAUCAUCAAUGAUGGGUUCCCAAAAUCUAUAUGUCAUCUACUGGUAAUGCCGAGAGAUUCAAAUCUUACUAAGAAACACCCCACAGUAAGUCUUACAGAGGAUAUCAAAGCUGAGUUAUGGCCGUAUGUGGAGAUGGCACAGAAUCACAUUUUCGAAACGUUUACGAAUGAAUAUGAACUGGUUGAACCUAUCCCUAAUUGUUUCGAAACCAUUGAAGAUUUCCGUGAUAAAGAGACCUUCAUCAACAAUUUUAUACAAGUUGGUGUUCACAGUGUACCUUCCAUGGGGAAUUUACAUAUUCAUGUCAUUACUAAGGACUUUCAUUCUGAUAAUUUGAAAAGGAAGAAUCAUUACAUUUCCUUUACUACUACAUUUUUUAAGAAAUGGGAAGAAUUGCCCCUAAGUGAAAUCCCUGACAGAGAUUAUAUGAUUAAUGAGGUGAUUAAACAUCACGAUCUAAUAUGUAGUUAUUGUGGUAAAAAUUUCUUUAAUAAGUUUGCUAAAUUGAAAUCACAUUUAGAUGACGAAUUUACAUUGCAUUUUAAAAAAAAAAUUGAGUAA